AUGUGCGGACCGGCUCGUCGUGAGUGGUGGGCGGAGCCGGUGCCUGUUGUGAGCGUUUUUGGGAUGCUGGUUGUAUCUGUUGCCGCGGGGCCGUCCACACCCACCUCCGCUCGUGGGCGGGCCGUAUUUUCGUGUGUUUUGUUUGUUUUUACUGGGGUUCGGCUCAGGUGUGGAAUGCGGAUCAUAGUUACGGUGUCGGUCCUUCGGCGCCUGUCGGCGGGUUUGGGUGUCGAGCAUGAUAAGGCGCUGGUGCAGGUCGCUUUGAACGGGAGGGCCACCACAAAAUCUGGUGGGUUGCUUCGGCUGCGGUGUGUGUGUGUGGCCCCCCACUUCGCCGCUGGUCUUUUGUCUUAUCUUUGA